AGUGUUUAGAGUGUUAAAAACAGGCCGGAUUCGUGCAUAAUAAGUUGUAAUAGAGCCGAGCGGUGCGCAUGUGUGGUGCACUAGACUUCCAAAGCGAGACAAACUCAGCAGACGUGUUUAUACCGCCGCGAAGCGUAGUCGUGAUGUUUCAUUGCAGCGUCGCAACGAUACGAUGUAAAUCAACAUAAAUGGUGCUUUACAAGGUAAAAACGAAGUACAAAAUGAUGGAGGUGACGCCGCACUUGAAGACCGUGUUGAAGAACUACCAGCACAGCGCUACGAAAUCCCUACAAGGCCCAGGGUUGAGUCUUGUGCCGAGCAAAACUGAUCAUCCACCCGAGUCGAAGAAACAAGCAGUGGAAGAUGACUUUGUGCCGUCUAGUUUUCCCGUGCAGCAGGUCCCCAUACUCACCACACCUGACACCUCUUGCUCGGAGCGCACGGAGACCAACCUGGAAGACGAAAUAAUAUCGUGCUUUGUUGUGGGUGGCGAGAAGAGACUGUGUCUUCCGCAAGUGCUGAACAGUGUUCUCAGAGACUUUACCUUGCAACAGAUCAAUCACGAGUGCGAUUUGCUGCACAUUUACUGCUCCAGGUGCACUCUGGAGCAGCUGAACGUGCUUAAAAAUCAGGGGAUUCUACCAUCGGGGGCUCCCAGUUGCGGUUUGAUAACAAAAACUGACGCUGAAAGACUUUGUAGUGCCCUUCUACACGGGCAAUCUACAACAUUGCUAAAACCGCGUAAAGAAGCAAUAUCAUUCAAAGUGUACCACAAAUGCUUCGGGAAGAGCAUGGGUAUCUGCUAUCCGGAGUUGUUCAUAAGCAAACCAGCUAAAUGCAUUAAAUGCUUGGACUGUCAAAGCGGCUUUACUCCUCAACAAUUCGUCUGCCACGUCCAUAGGGACAGAGAAAACAGAACCAUACAUUGGGGAUUCGACUCCAACAACUGGCGGAAUUACCUCCUCGUUCCCCAAGAACAGGAGGACCGAGAAAACCACCUCAAACUAUUGGACGACAUGCAGAAACAAUACGAGGGAAAAAUGCCCUUUCCACCACAAAUCAUCGAGACUCCAAUCAUCAAACGAAAACAGAUACUGGCGUCGGAUUUGAUAAAGGACCUUCCGUUCAAGAAGCAGAAAUUGGAGGAGUACAUGAGUCUGCCGUACAAAAUGCAACCGCACUCCUACCUCCACCAAAUCUACGCCACCUUGGAUCCGCAGUACAUCCAAAAUUACUUGCACGAGUUCAGCAACACACGGCAUAUAUCAGCUUUCAAACCCGUGAGUCAAACGAUCAAAGAAUCGAAAAUACGGCAUGCGAAUGCUUUGGGUAUAAACACGUAUGUGGAUGCGCCCACUUUGCAAAAUCCUGAGAGGGUUGUAAGGCACAGCGAGUCGGAAAGGUUCGGGGGUAGUUUUCAGCCCAAUGUAGCCCUGGCUCCGCCCACGCCCAAGAAGUUUAGGUAUGGGAAGUGUCGGGAGUACUUCAACAACAAAAUCAAGACCGAACCGGUUGUUAUCAAAGAGGAAGUGAAGGUCAAAGAAGAGCCCAUCCGAUCACCAGAGGAGAUCCAAGUAAUACAAAAGGUGCAGAAAUACAACCCCGAAAUCGAACUCUCAACCGAUACGGAAGACAGUGCUUCGGAAACAUCGGAAAAAACUCCCGCCAAAAUUGAAGACGUCCUAACAGGUGUCGAAAACGGUUUACGAUCGAAAAUAAUGGACUUCUUCCAGCACUUCAACAAGCAACUGCGAAACAAAGACAACCUCAUCAACGACCUUCAAAUAAAAAACGCGGAACUUAUCGCGGAACUUCAGGAGUUACGCAAAAAGGACGUAUGCACCAACAACAAUAACAUCGAAAGCGACAAAAACGAUGUAAUCGCCCCUAUUCAAAAACCCAAAGUCGAGGAAAACGUCGAUGAUAAAAUGGCGGAUGCGAUGGACGAAAAAAUGGCGGAUGCGCCCCCGCAAAGUGUGAUAGUGCUGGAAAAGACAAGCAUUUGA